AUGACCUUCUCGUUUGCCGAAAGCUUCUUCGCGAACCCUUUUGCUGUGUCCUUCCCAGGAGAUCUCCCGUGUCCGUCGGGUCCGACGUUCCAAGCAUCCUGCGGGGAUAUGUCCACCUCCGCCAAGGCCGUUCAAUCAGGAGAACGCGAUAUGGCGGCUAGCCCAUCAGCAGCUGUAACAGCAUCGAAAACACCACGUUCUUCUCAGAAAGCCGACACCGAAGCCGAUCACUUCCAAUUUCUGACACCACCCACGUCGAUGGCGAGUACACCUGCCACUCUCUGCGGCGGCGGCAGCGUUUCGAAACCCAAGAACGGCCCUUCAAAAUACGGACCACAGAUCCAUUUCGUCGACAUGGCGGACAAGAAAGGCGCGCAACGGAUCCGCAAUACAAUGAACUCGCGGAAACACCGUCAAAACAAGCUGGAUAAGAUUCGAGAGCUGGAGAAGAAGUUGGCGGAUUUGGUAGCGGAGAAGGAUAGCUGGCAGAAGGGAAAGGUACAGCAGUAG